GGUUAUUCUCACAUGGCCUAUUCAACAUCAAAAAGCUAAAAAGCUUAAAGCAUGACAUAAUCUUUACUCCUUGAAAGAAAACAACAGCUCAAGUAAAGGUCUUCACUUUAACUCUCUCUCUCUCACUGUUCUGCAAUUUAGUAACAAAAAUAAAGAUAGAGGGGAUUCUGAUUCUGAUAUCUCUAAAACAAAGUGUACCUUGUGUACAACAUCUCUGCAGUUGUUGAAGUUCAAAUGAAAGAAUUCUGUCAAGAAAUAGACAUGGGUUUUGAGUGAUUGAAAUACUGAAAAAGGUUUUAAAUUACAAGUGAUUCGUCUGUUUGGGUUACUGAAUGAGUACUUCAAAUUCAAAGUUUAUAAAAUGUGUUACAGUUGGAGAUGGAGCUGUUGGGAAAACAUGUCUUCUCAUUUCCUACACUAGCAACACUUUCCCAACUGAUUAUGUUCCGACUGUUUUCGAUAACUUCAGCGCAAGUGUUCUUGUUGAUGCCCAAAUUGUUAGUCUUGGUCUCUGGGAUACUGCUGGUCAAGAAGAUUACAACAGACUUAGACCUCUAAGUUACAGAGGAGCUGAUGUUUUCCUGCUUGCUUUCUCACUGAUCAGUAGACCCAGCUUUGAGAACAUUACCAAGAAAUGGAUUCCCGAGCUACGACAUUAUGCACCAUCGGUUCCUAUUGUUCUCGUUGGCACCAAACUAGACUUGAGAGAAGACAAACAGUUCCACAUUGAUUACCCUGGAGCAUAUACUAUAUCUACGGCACAGGGUGAGGAACUGAAGAAACAGAUUGGUGCAUUAGCAUAUGUAGAAUGCAGUUCUAAGAACCAACAGAAUGUGAAGACAGUAUUUGACAUUGCAAUAAAACUAGUUCUUCAUCCACCAAAAACAAAGAAUAAGAGAAAAAAGAGGAGACUUUGCAGCAUUAUGUAAAGAAUUGUAGCCAUUUCUUGAUCUUUUUUUGAAGGCACGUACUACUUCGCUUUCACUUGCUUGUUUUUUCUUGCCGUCUCUAUCUGCCAAUAUUUUGUCUAUAUGUGUGAGUUAUUUAUGACAUGUUUUCGCUGGAACAAUGUGUGUUUGUUCAGAUUGAUAUUCAAUCAAAUUCUAAUUUUUAUGAGUGAA